GUAUAGUCUACUCUGCCUGAAAUAAAGGAGACGAAAAACUGGCCAAUCGAUACAGACAUAGACAUAAUAUAGCAGGCAGCUCUACUGUUGACACCACCAGCGGGGAGACGAUUUCAGUCGGUUGACUCGUCAUGGAGCGAUGCUUUAGUGUCAGCAGGGAUGGUUCUGGUCUUUGCUCCCCACCUCCUCCAGCAUCACCUCCUCCUUGUCCUCACGUCCUCCCUUCUCCUCGUCAUCCCCCUCCCAUUCCUCCCUCCUUCCCCCCGUCAGGCCUGACUGCUCCUCAACAAGGAAGGCUGAGUCUUGCGGGAGCCAUGGUGGACGUCAGCAAGUGGCCCCUGUUCUCUCUACUGAGCACUGAGGAACUAGCCACAGUCCGACAGGCCUGUGUCUUUGGAACCUCUGCUAAUGAAGCCAUCUACAUCACACAUGGCAAUGAGGUAUUUGUGAUUGGGUUGAACAGCAGUAGCUGCCUUGGUACAGGAGACAGUCUGAGCACCGUUGAGCCAAAGAAACUGGACUUCUUGCAGGGAAAGAAGGUAGUUAGCCUGAGCUAUGGAAGCGGGCCUCAUGUCCUACUGGCCACAGAGGAUGGACAGCUGUUUGCUUGGGGGCACAAUGGCUACAGUCAACUGGGGAAUGGGAAUACCAACCAGGGACUGUCCCCGUUGCUGGUCACCGCCAACCUACAGAACAAGAAAGUGAGAGAAGUGGCGUGUGGCUCACAUCACUCCAUGGCCCUCACUCAAGAUGGAGAGGUCUUUGCUUGGGGUUACAACAACUGUGGCCAGAUUGGCUCAGGCUCCACAGCCAACCAGCCCUACCCCAGGAGAGUCACCGGCUGCCUGCAGGGCAAGACUGCUGUUGGCAUCACAUGUGGCCAGACCUCCUCCAUGGCCCUGAUCGACAACGGAGAGGUUUAUGGCUGGGGCUACAAUGGUAACGGACAGCUGGGUAUUGGAAACAAUGGAAACCAGCUGACACCUUGUCGCCUCGCUGUACUCCAAGGGCUGUGUAUGCAACAGAUUGUAUCAGGCUACAGCCACUGCCUGGCACUAACAGACGAAGGGCUGCUGUAUUCCUGGGGAGCAAACACCUACGGUCAACUGGGAACUGGCAACAAGAACAACCACCUCAGCCCUGUACAAAUCAUGGCUGACAAAGAGAGGAUUGUAGAGGUCGCAGCAUGCCAUUCAACACAUACUUCAGCAGCCAAGACCCAAAGCGGGCAGGUGUACAUGUGGGGUCAGUGUCGGGGUCAAUCCAUCGUCAUUCCACACCUCACACACUUCAGCAGCACUGACGACGUCUUCGCCUGCUUCGGCACACCCUCCGUCAUGUGGAGGCUCAUAUCUAUGGAGCAUGAUGGCUUCAUGACUGUUGCGGAGGCUCUGAGGAAAGAGUUUGACAGUCCAGAAACGUCUGAUCUGAAAUUCAGCGUUGAAGGCAAAUGCAUUCACGUUCACAAAGCUGUGCUGAAGAUCAGGUGUGAGCAUUUCCGGUCCAUGUUUCGCUCCCAAUGGACGGAGGAUCAGCAGGAGGUGAUAGAGAUCGGCCAGUUCUCCUACCCCGUCUACAGAUCCUUCCUGCAGUUUCUCUACACAGACACCGUUGACCUCCCCCCUGAGGACGCCAUCGGCCUGUUGGACCUGGCCACCUCUUACUGUGAAAACCGGCUGAAACGUCUGUGUCAGCAGAUCAUCAAGAGAGGCAUCACUGUCGGAAACGCCUUCACCCUGCUGUCUGCCGCCAUACGAUACGACGCAGAGGACCUGGAAGUGUUUUGUUUUAGGUUUUGUGUAAACCAUCUGACUCAGGUGACUCAGACUGGAGCCUUCUGGCAGGUGGAUGGAGCAAUGCUCAAGGAGUUUAUCAGCAAAGCUAGCCGCUGCGGAGCCUUCAAGAACUAAGCAAUACUCUUCUAAACUAUAUUCUGACCAAGUGGAUGUGGUUGUGCUCCGACUGUAGUAGCAGAGCUAAAAAAAAAAAACAUAAUCACAUUCCUAAGAGAAAGC